GUGAGUUCUGAGUCAGUGCGGAAAAAACACACUUGAAGUAUGUGUAAGCCGCCCCUGAUGUGGAGAGAUGCUAACAACCAAACUUGAAUGCAUCGGUACUUAAUGCAAGUGAGUGCUGACUGCAACGCGGAGAAAACACGCUGUGAGUACGCAGGUCGCCUCUAAUGCACAGGGAAGCUGACAACCAAACCUGAAUGCAUCGCUACGUACUGCAAAUGACAGAGGAAAUAACCACAGUUAACAAGGAAGAGACUGGCUUAACACAUGAAUGUGGUGUGUUUGGCUGUAUAGCUGCCGGCGAAUGGCCCACACAGGUUGAUGUUGCCCAAGUUAUUUGCCUAGGGCUUGUGGCACUACAGCACAGAGGACAGGAGAGUGCUGGAAUAGUUACCAGUGAAGGAAACAAUGCCAAAUCUUUCAGAGUCCACAAAGGCAUGGGCAUGAUAAAUAAUGUAUUUAAUGAUGAAUCUAUGAAGAAAUUAAAAGGCAAUUUGGGAAUUGGACAUACACGGUACUCAACAAGUGCAGCGUCUGAAGAAGUUAAUUGCCAACCAUUUGUUGUUCAUACAACCCAUGGUCCUCUUGCAGUUGCUCAUAAUGGAGAACUUGUUAACUGUGGUUCACUACGUAAGAUGGUGCUGGCUCGUGGUGUUGGUCUUUCAACACACUCGGACAGUGAACUGAUCACACAAGCUCUUUGUCUGAAUCCACCUGAUGGUGAAACAAAUGGCCCUGACUGGCCAGCAAGGAUAAAACACCUAAUGCAACUUGCUCCACUCUCAUACUCAUUGGUGAUCAUGCAGGAUGAUCAUAUAUAUGGAGUAAGAGAUCCUUAUGGCAACAGACCACUUUGCAUUGGGAAAAUAGUACCCAUAAAACUUAAAGAUAGUGAGCCAUCAGAAGAGGAGGAAGAAGGUGAAGGUUGGGUUAUUUCUUCAGAAUCUUGUGGCUUUCUUUCAAUUGGAGCUCGUUAUGUACGUGAAGUGUAUCCUGGUGAAAUUGUGGAAUUAACUAAACAUGGUAUCAAGACAAUUAGCAUUGUUUCCAGACCAAAUGCAAAGCCUCAAGCUUUCUGUAUCUUUGAAUACGUAUACUUUGCUCGCUCUGAUAGUAUUUUUGAAGGCCAAAUGGUGUACUCUGUUCGAAUGGAGUGUGGCAGAGUUCUGGCAAGGGAAGCUUAUGUUGAUGCUGAUAUUGUGAGCUCAGUCCCUGAAUCUGGGACAGCAGCAGCACAUGGAUAUUCCCAGGAGUCUGAAAUUCCUUUCGCUGAAGUUCUGUGUAAAAACCGGUAUGUUGGAAGAACCUUUAUCCAGCCGAGUACUCGACUUCGACAGCUUGGUGUAGCAAAGAAAUUUGGAGCUUUAUCUGAGAAUGUGAGAGGAAAGAAAAUAGUUUUGAUUGAUGAUUCCAUUGUAAGAGGGAAUACUAUCGGACCAAUUAUAAAAUUACUGAGAGAUGCUGGUGCCAGUGAGGUCCAUAUAAGAGUGGCUUCACCUCCUGUGAAAUAUCCUUGUUACAUGGGCAUCAAUAUACCAACAAGUGAGGAGUUAAUUGCAAACAAAUUAGACUCCUUGAAGCUUGCAAAACAUGUUGGUGCGGACAGUUUGGCGUACUUAUCUGUGGAAGGCUUAGUGCAAGCAGUUCGGCACAGAAUGAAGAACAAAAGCUCCACAAGCAUUGGACACUGCACAGCGUGCCUCACUGGAGUGUAUCCAGAAAAACUGGAAUGGUGAUGUGCUUUACUGCCAGCUGUUGGACAUGCAGUUGUCAACAGUAGCUGUUGAAUUUUACCACAAAAUGAAACUAUGAUGUAACACAGCUGAGGUCACUUACUGACACAACUAAGUAUAUUUAAUUCAAAAUUUAAUAAACAUGUUAUCACUUCAGAAUUAUACCUCGGAUAAGUGUUAUAUUGCAAUCUAUCUCAACUUGUUACACAUUUUUGUGGUCAGUAUAUAAUGUCUAUGUAUUUUUGAUAAUUUAAUUUUUUACCUCUGGCAAUUAUCUUAAAUGGUUAAAUUCUUAAUUUAUUAAAGAGUACUUCUGAAGUACAAUUACAUUCCAGUUGUGCUCUUACAAAGUAAAGAGCUAUGAGAUCCCUUUUUUCUUUCUUUCUGAAAACUUGAUAAAACAGGAAUCACAUAAUAAAUGUUCUUGUUUUAUUAUUCAGUUUUUAUGUUCAUGCCAUUACAUUCUGAUGUAGUGAGUGAAUUCUUUUCAGAAAGUAAGGGGUCCUGUGAUUUUUUUUAAAAAAAUCAUAUUAUUCUUUGUAAUAUAUAUGUGAUGCUAUGUUUUUUAAAAAAUAAGAACUACUUUUUGUUCCUUUACCAAGUUCACUGUUAUAGUGUCACAUUUUUUGUGUCUGUACAUGAAGUGUACUUCUUCCAUGAUGUAUCCAUAUCACUAAGCUUUUAAUCUGAAUUUCACAAUGAGCAGGAUAAAGGAGAUGGUUUGUCUCCUCUUAUUUGUGAAAAGUUAUUUUUAUAUUAGAAAAGAACCAUUCCAUUGUAAUAUUUCUGUACAUAUGAAGUUGGAAUGUAGAUUUGAUGCUGCGUAUUAAUUUUAUGUUUUAUAAUGAAAUGUAAUGUGCCAAUUAACUCUAAAAGAAACCAAGCUCAGUGGUUUUGUAGAGUUUUUGUGCUUGAAUCAACAUCAAAAUGUUGGUUCAAUCUUAGAUUACUCUCAACAGAAACACCAAGUCCUAUGUGUUAUAAUUUAUCAUUUUAGCAGACUAAGAGUUAGGUGUAAACACACCUUGCCAGAGCAAAAGCUACAUAUGGGCUCACAUUUGUCAUCAUUUUAAUGUGGAAUAUAUUACUUCCACAAUUUAUUUCUAACAGUUCCUAGUUCAAUUACACAUCCAUGGAGGCUGUAUUACUCUUGCUCAUUAUGGCAAUUUCAGAUCUGCAACUUAAUUUUACUUAAUAUUUUUAAUUUUUGUCAAGCGUUUUAUGUGAAUAAAUUUUUUAAAUAGUUAAAAUUGUAGUAUUUCAUUUUGUGUGGAGUAGGCUUAUAUUUAUCUUUGUCUCCUCUCAUAUUCACAACAGGUGGUUACUUCACAUUCUCAGAUCUGUGUGACCUGCCUUUCCUUUUUAAAUCCUCCAACUUCUCCCAGUUUCCUUCCUCAGGAAGGAGUUAGUAGUUCCAAAAGCCAACACAAUUUCAUGUCUAAUGGCAGUACCAAAAAUGUUGUCCUGAAGCCGAUCACUGGUCAGAAAUUCUGUAAUGAUACCCAAAAUGUAACUGAACUGUGUGCAAAAAAGCUGAAUUGGAUUCACUGUUACUGUAAGGCUUUAUAAAGCUGCACUGUAUCAGAAAGUGCAGUCCAAUAAAUUAGGGAAAUGGCAAAAGGUCAUUACAGACUACUGUAGUAAAUGACAUGCUGAGUCGCCAAGGUUAGAUUACUCCCACAGUAUUUUAGUAUUGAAAAGUCACAAAGAACAAUUAUUUAUACACCCACAGGAUACAUGAUGUACUCAUGUAAGAAUAAAUAAGGGAAACAAUAAAACAUGUGGAUGAAAGGAUAAUAAUUAAUUACACUUCAUGUCAUAACUAAAACAUGUGCGGUAGCUACCUGUCCGUGUGCUUAUGUAUGGCCAGGCAUUAACAGACAGACCUACUGCUAUCUAUAGAAGAGAGAAAGUAAUGAAACUAGCAAAUCAGUUUUUCUCAUAUAUGCACAGCCUUGGAAUAUAACAGACAUUGCUGAUGCUGUGCUGCUUGUGGGCCACCAUGCCCAUUGGUGUGUGCUGAGCAUCACAUUUGUGGCUGUUUCAGACACAAAUGCAGAUGACCAACUGAUUUAUUGCACUAAGGACCCAAAGAUGAAUGAGAAUGUGGUCUGCUAUACAAUAUGUUAUGGCUCACUGCACACUGCACGCAGCAGAAGCAGAGCAGAGGCCUGUCAGAGCAACAGUUUCUGUAGGUCAACACAUACUGCCCAUAGCAGAGGCAUGACAGAACUCUCAGUAGUGGUCCAGUGCUCAUGAAGCACAGAGCACCCUGCAAUGUCCACCCUGAGUCUGUCUAUGCAGUUAGAUUUAGAUUCUGACUUUGAUUUGGAACUCAGGAGCCCUUCAUGUUCUCAUAGGUGAUGAGACACUUCUGUUAUUAAAAAAACUUAAUGAAACCUUAACCUAAAUCUAGAGUUACUGCUAAUGGCAAAAGUAAAGUUUUUAACUACAGUCUUCCUCAUAUAGAGAGUGCAUUUGGUAUAUUGAGUUCCAGAUUUCUUUUGCUUAAAUGGCCUUUUGACUGUAAACUGGAGACUGUAGAUAGAAUUGUGAGGGCUACAAGUGUACUGCACAAUUAUUUGAGGACUGAAAACAUUAUGUCAAAAGAUCUCGCUGAGGAGGAGGAGGAGGAGGAGGAGGAGGAAAUGGGACCACUGAGCACUAACCAGCUUCUGUCACCUGCUCCAAGUAGAUGCAGAAACAUGAGUAAACCAUUUCUUAGGUGAAAAAGAUUUAAUGAAUGUUUUAAUUCACCUGAACCUUUUGUUCAGUGGCAGUAUGCACCCAUAAAAAGAGACCAGUAUGAAUGUGAAGAACUUAACAUCAUUAAUAUUAAAUGUUUACUGUGAAGAUGCGUAUAAAAUAAAUAAAUAAUACUUACAACUGA